CCAACCAAAUCGCCUUUGAUCCCCAUUUUUCUCAAGGAGCAAAACAAGCUACCUACCUCUCCUUGUGAGAUCUUCCGGUGUGGUUCACUCUUGGAAGCUCACAAAUCGGACGUGACCAGAAUGCGUGCGUUCUCCACACCGACUCGAACGCAUCCUACAUCCGCCGUAUCUUUCGUUUCCGUCGUUGUCGUCGUCGUGUCGAUGAUCCUGCGCGUUUCCACCGCGUUUGUACCGUCGUUGCGACGCACGGGCUAUCCUGCCAGUGGACGUGUGCGUCCGUUUCUGGCUACCACGUCGCAUCGGUCGACGAGGGAGGUUUCCGAAACGGCCGCACCCGUCCACUACCCGUUCGCGAAAGUCGAAUCCAAAUGGCAGGCCUACUGGGACGAGAACGAAACCUUCCAAACACCCACGCGGGAUCUUUCCAAACCCAAAAAGUACGUACUCGACAUGUUUCCCUACCCAUCCGGCGCCGGCCUGCACGUGGGUCAUCCCGAAGGGUACACCGCUUCGGACGUUAUGAGUCGCUACUGGCGUAUGAAGGGGUACGAUGUCCUCCACCCAAUCGGUUGGGACAGCUUUGGUCUGCCCGCGGAGCAGUUCGCGAUUCAAACGGGGACCAAGCCAGCGUCCACGACCAAAAAGAAUAUUGCCAAUUUCAAACGGCAACUCAAGAGUUUGGGCUUUUCCUACGAUUGGGAUCGCGAAAUUGCCACCACGGAUCGGGGAUACGUACAAUGGACGCAGUGGAUCUUUUUGCAGCUGUUCCGGAAAGGCUUGGCGGAACAGUCGGAAGUUUCUGUGAAUUGGUGUCCCGCCUUGGGUACGGUCCUCGCCAAUGAGGAAGUCAUCAACGGGCUUUCCGAACGCGGCGACCAUCCCGUCGAACGCGUACCCUUGCGACAGUGGGUGCUUCGAAUUACCGACUACGCCGAUCGUCUAGAAGCUGGUUUGGAAGGACUCGAGUGGCCAGCAGGAACUAUGACUGCGCAGAAACAGUGGAUCGGCAAAAGUAUCGGCUGCAAUAUCGAUUUUGGUGUCGACCAGUGGCCCGACGAAACAAUCUCCGUUUUUACCACACGGGCCGAUACUCUCAUGGGGGUCACGUACGUUACACUCGCUCCCGAACACCCAUUGGUGGCAAGCCUCGCUACCGACGAGCAAAAAGAUGUGGUCAACGCAUACGUCAAGACAACGUCGUCGCGUUCCGAUUUGGAUCGUACAUCCGCCAAAGAAAAGACGGGUGUCUUUACCGGUGCCUACGCCAUUCACCCAAUCUCUGGGGACAAGGUUCCCAUUUGGAUAGGGGACUACGUAUUGGGCUCCUACGGUACAGGCGCUGUCAUGGCAGUCCCGGCACACGAUGCUCGAGACUUUGAAUUUGCUCAAAAGUUUGGACUCGAUAUCAAAUGGGUUGUGGAACCAGCCUCGGGAGAACUCGUCUCGAAAGAACAAGCCUUCACGGAAGCGGGCAGGAACGUGAACAGCGGUGCGUUCGACGGCUUGACCACGGAUGAAGCCAAAAAGGCCGUAACCAGUAAACUCGAGGAGCUGAAUAAGGGAGGACCACGAAUAACCUACAAACUGCGUGAUUGGGUCUUUUCGCGUCAACGGUACUGGGGUGAACCGAUUCCCAUUUACUUUCCGGUCGAUUUUCCAGACGGAAUCGAUCCAACAACGCAGAAUCCUGCAGAUGACAAUUGCGAAUACACAAUCCGCUUUGAUCAACCGAUUCCAGUCGCUGAAGCUGACUUGCCGUUGGAACUGCCGGAAAUGGACGACUUUCAACCCGGUGAUGACCCGGCUGGAUGUCUCGCUAGAGCCAAAGACUGGCGAUUCUUUGCAAAAGACGGCAAGUGGUUUUCUCGUGAAACGAAUACAAUGCCACAAUGGGCCGGAUCUUGUUGGUACUAUUUUCGUUUUAUGGAUCCAAAAAACUCCAAGGAAGCUUUUAGUAAAGUGGUAGACGAGGAAUGGAUGCCUGUGGACUUGUAUGUGGGUGGGGCUGAACACGCGGUUUUGCAUUUACUGUACGCUCGUUUCUGGCAUCAAGUUCUGUUUGACUUGGGCUACACAAAGCAUCCGGAGCCCUUUCAAAAGUUGGUGCACCAGGGAAUGAUCCUUGGAAGUGACGGAGAGAAAAUGUCCAAGAGUAGGGGGAAUGUGGUGAAUCCCGAUGAUAUUGUCGGUGAACAAGGUGCCGAUGCCUUGCGCUUGUACGAAAUGUUUAUGGGUCCGUUGGAAGCUGUCAAGCCAUGGCAAACCAGUCAGGUAGCAGGUGUUGUCCGAUUUCAACGUAAAGUGUACGACACCGUCUCGACUGCAGUCGCCAACGGCAAGACCAAAAUGGACCAAGAAACAGCACGACUACUACACAAGACGAUGAAGAAGGUGACGCAAGACAUUGAAUCCAUGGCCUUCAAUACUGCUAUUUCGGCGCUUAUGGUACUGACAAACCACCUUCAAAGCUUGAAAGCAAAUGUACCAGUAGAAGCGGCCGAAAAGCUAGCCUUGAUGGUUUCGCCAUUUGCUCCACACUUGGGCGAAGAAUGCUGGAGUAUGUUGGGUCACGAGGGGUCGUUAGCCUACCAAGACUGGGUUGAGUUUGACGAAACUUUGUGCGUAGACGACACAGUCACCAUGGGUGUACAGGUAAACGGCAAGGCCCGCGGUGAGAUCACCGUAGCUAAGGAUGCUUCCCAGGACGUUGCCAUGGCGGCGGCAAAAGAUGUGGAACGUGUACAAGCCCAAUUGGAUGGUAAAGAUAUCAAGAAGAUAAUUUACGUCCCCGGUCGUAUUCUGAACAUUGUUGCCAAAUAAACCGGAAAGUGGUUGCGCACGAACGCUCGUUAAUUGGACUCGCUUUACGGCGCGGCGUA